AUGCUGCGGUUUCUCUCUCAGCUGUCUCCCCGCCGAGCAGGGCUGGCCGCCGUGUCUCCGACAGGCGUCGUCGGCCUGGAGAUGCGUGUCGCUCGUUUGCAGACGGGGGACUUCGCGUGGGCGUGGAGGAGAAGGAGGAGCGGUGUCCGCGGCACCAACUUGUUGACGGGGUCGUCGGAAGAGGUGCUGUUGCUGGACUGCCUCGUGGAAAGGAAAAAGGAAGAUGACAUGAUCAACAGUGUCGAGGGCUUGGCCGGGAGACACCUCGCGCAGAAGCGGCGCAUGUCCCUGCGCGGGCUGAGCCGGCUGAUUUAUCUGCUGGAGGGAAAGCUUGAAGGGCACGUCGCAUACAAGUCAUCGGUUGACAAGAGCAAGACGAUGCGCACGAUGGAGACGGACACUCUCGCUGAGGGCUUCGCGAUUAAGAGGGUGGACAAUGUGGAAGGAACGGCUGCUUUCCUUCUGUCGCUCUCCCUUCAGCUGAUGGCGAGUCAGGGCGCCGAAACCAUCCAAGAGUAUUGCUCCAACCCUUCCCGCCCCAAGGUGUCGUUUGGGGAGUGGAGCACGGCCAUGGAACCCAAGAGACUAGAACCGCGCACCGUCAUGAUGGAGUUCGCGAGGUGCCUUCUCAUGGUGAACGGCGUUAGCGCGGAGGGGGCGAGGGUGAUCGCUCGCGAGUUCCCCACGCCUGUGAGGUUCAUCCAGGCCCUGCGGAAGUGCAACUCCCCGGAAGAGCAGGAAAGCCUCCAGCUCAAGCUUGCUGAUGGCGGGAAGAAAGGCAGCUGUAGGACCGUCAACGAGCCGACUGCCCGCAAGUUGGUAGCCCUCUUCGCCGACAAGCCGCAAGCCUAAGCUAAAAACGGCGCCAUGCCACUAGAUGGGGGAGUGCCGCCGAGAGGGAACAAGAAAUACGUGAUGAACAUUUGGGAAGUACUUUUUUUUCUAGGAUGUAAGAGGGCGCGGAAUUGAAGACUUGAGGUUGACGUGUGGAGUGUUUAUUUCGUGAGGUUCUAUACCAUAUAAUUAUGGAAGGCAAGCGCCCCGUAAGAGGGAUGAACACGUAUUGGAGCUCCUAUCCGGCAGAACUGCUCUGCUUGACAGCAGCUCUGUUUUGACUGUGUCAAAAAAAAACCAAAAAAACAAUGUAGGUGCUGUAGCUACGUAACGGAGCCGGUUGCUCGUGAGGGUGGUGGUUGGUGUUGUUGUGCAUCACCAGGUUGGUGGGUUUCUUUCUUUUGUGGCGUUACUUUUUUCUUGUGUGCUGCAACAUUUACUGCAGGAACGGCGAGCAAACGAAAAGUGCCGGGAGGAAGCCGGGAACAAAAAAUUGUAGUUCUGUUCGUAUGCGUGUGCGUGUGGUUUUUGAAGUGUUCCAGAUGGUCUUGUUUGUCGGGCAAGACCCUCAAGGUUGCGCACGGGAGGGAUGAAUCCUUGCGAAAAAUUCGAUUGGCACGUUUUUAUUCUUACCCGUGUGCGGUAUGUCCGCCAGACACCGGGUUCCCAGAUAGCCACAUGACCCCGGCGACUGUAGGUUGGGCGAGGCGAGAUACUUCGAUGGCUGCGUUAAAAAUAGGGGGCUUCGUGGGGCGGUUCCAAUGACAUUGACAAUAUUCUCCAUCUCGGGGAUCGCUACGGAAGGA